AUUGAUUCCUGACAUCAAGGCCAGUAAGACAAGCUUGAGUCUCUCUGUUGAGGUGAUACUGAGCAACUUUUCCGUUCCUUGAAGGAACACUGGCUUUGGAAAAUGUUCGAGGGUUAAACUAAGGUUUCUGUGUGGUUUGACGCUGACAGAAAAACACUUGCCGGGUGUUUAAUGGACAAUAUAAUAUCCACACAACCAGCUUAGCUAUCUGAUAUUCCAUACAGCCGCCAGAGCAGUCUGACACAGAAUCAAUCAGAGAACGUGGAUGGCAAGAGUUUGAGGACUCUGUGCACUGGAAAGGAAGAGUGGGUGAGUGAGUGAGUGAGUGAGUGAGUGAGUGAGUGAGUGAGUGAGCUACAGGAGAGCGAAUGGUGGAGUCAGUGAGUGAGCACUUAUCGUCCGUCCCCGGGGACAGAAACUUUCCACCAGCGCAAUCCAACAACUUCUGUUCAAAGACCCCGAGAGCUGGUGGCUGCUGUCUGUUUUCUCUCUCUCCUUCUCCUCUCACUUUCUUCCACUUGGAGGGGCAAUAAAUAGCCACAGGUGUGUGGAACUGCCAUCUAAUCUGAACUUCAUUUAACACGGCCACAAACAAGAUAUCCGGCAAAGGCGAAAGCUGUGACCCUCCCUCACUCUCUCUCUCUCAGCUCAAUGAGGAAGUGAAAAGAGUGUGUGGCCUGGAGAGUCAGGUCUGCACCCAGAGGAGAGGGUGAGGCGUGGAGCAGCCAGAGAGGGUGUGAAGUGGGGUGGACGUGUGUCUCCUUGUUGUCCAGCUAGAGGGGGAGCAGUGGCUUCUCCAGCCUGUCUGCAGCUCACCACACAUUAAAAUAACCCAACACCCACCAGAGGGAGGCUGCUGCCCAGUGGGUGUGAGAGGACUGGACACACUUCAAGAGAGGAGCCCACCACCAGACUGAUAGAUUGGAGUGUAAGAGCACACUACGGGAGAGCUUUUCUCUACUUUUACAGAGUGAAGGACUGAGAGGAGUGUAUUUGCAUAACAAGAUCCCCUUUGCACCAUGCCUCUGAGAGACUCAGUCACGCUGCUGCUCUGGAGUUGCUGCGUACUACUGCUUGUCCACCAAUGCGAGGGUCAAGUUCUAAAUUGCACGUGUAAUGUGACCAACAGUCGGUGUGAGGAGAAUGCGGUGUGCAGCUGUGACCCGGGUUGGGAGGGGCAGCAGUGCGACGUCUGUGUUAGAAUGCCAGGCUGUGUCCAUGGAUCAUGUCACCAACCCUGGCAAUGCACAUGCGAGCCUGGAUGGACGGGACGCUUCUGCGACAAAGAUAUCCAUGUGUGCACAAAUGAGGCCCCUUGCCAGAACGGUGCCACUUGUUACACGAACAUUUCAGGGGAAUACUCCUGCCUCUGCCCCAAUGGAUUUUACGGGAGGAACUGUGAGCACAAGACAGGACCCUGUCAUAAGAUCGGCAAGUCUCCAUGUAAGAAUAGAGGGCAGUGUGAGGACAGUAGCGGCUAUGCACCAGAACUCUCCUGCCGCUGCCUGGCAGGCUUCAGUGGGCCGCGCUGCGAGACCAACAUGGACGACUGCCUGAUGCGUCCCUGUGCCAACGGUGCCACCUGCCUGGAUGGCAUCAACCGCUUCUCCUGUCUCUGUCCCGAGGGCUUCACGGGCCGGUUCUGCACCAUCAACCUCGAUGACUGUGCCAGUCAGCCCUGCCUCAACGGAGGGCGCUGCCUGGACCGCGCCAGCACCUUCCACUGCCUCUGCAAAGCUGGGUUCACUGGCAGGACCUGCGAGGUUCCCCUACGGAGCCCAGAGAGCCAAUCACCCAUCAGGAGCUCCCAUGGCUGGGCUGGGGGAGGAGAGGGCUGGGGCAGGGUGACUCAGGCCAGGCCAGACCAGAUCACAACAGGGGGGAACCAUUCUCAGGGCAUCAGUAACAGUAAUAGUGGAGACAGGCUGCUGAAGAUCUCUGUGAAGGAGGUGGUGACCCAGUGGGGGUCGUCUGGCCUGUCAGAGGUGCAGCUCAUCACCUUGCUGGUGCUGGGGGGUAUGACGCUGGGCGUGGUGGCUCUCACAGCUAGCCUGGUGCUGAGGGGGCAUUGGCAGGACCGCUGUGCCAGCUGCCGGUGCGGUCCCAUCCUCCGCCUGCACCCGGUGCGACACAUAGACUGCCAGCCGACCCCGCAGAGCCACCUAGUCACAGUGGAGCAGGAGUGUAAGAUCAGCUUCCUGCACACGCCCCCCGAACUGGAGAAGAAGAAACUGAACACUGAGGUGAUUUAGGCUAGAUUUACCAUCUCCAUAGCCCUGAACACAGGACAGGAGCAGAGAACAGACUGCUUUCAGCAGAGGGAAAGCCAUGCUCUAAAUCCCAGUCCUGCCUCCAUGACUGACUGUCUUCAGUACUGACAGUCAAAAUACCGACAACAUACCAAUCUAGGUAUCGAUACCUAGAAAGCCGCAGGACCAAGAAGAGACCAGUGGGUAUGUUCAAGGAGAAAUGGUAGGAGAAUGUGUUUGACACUCCUAACAAAAAGAGCAUAGUCCUAAUAUGACGGAUUAUUGCUUGACCACAGGGGUAAGAGGUGCAUAACGAUAAAAUAUACUCAAGUUUUUUGGUGACUUUUGUCACGGACAAUUAAUGUGUAAUUUCUCCAUUCUCAAAAUCUGCUGUUGCGGUUACUUGGCAUGAACUGCAUGUAAGAUAGGCGUACUGACAGACAGCUUUGGAAUGUUAGCCGAGACAAUGCCCUUGCCAUGUCAACCAAAUUGGUGUACCGGUAUUUGUCAAUGCUGUUGUAGUCACAAUAUUAGGCCAAAAUGUUAGACUUGAAUGCAGAUGUGCAAUCCGCCCAUUUACAGUGGGGAGAACAAGUAUUUGAUAACAUGCAAAAUCGGCAGUGUUUCCUACUUACAAAGCAUGUAGAGGUUUGUAAUUUUUAUCAUAGGUACACUUCAAC